AACACACGCGAUCUCAUAGCAUGGCGAAGGGAAAGAGUCGAAAAGCAGCAAAGAGAGAGGAUGGAAGCAGGGAGGAAGAGGGGGAGAUGAAGGAGAGGAGUAAGGAGAGAAUAGGGAAUGAGGGAAAAGAAUAUGAUGAUGGAGGUAGUAAGCCACAACCACCAGUUGCUAGGAAACAGCAGAGGUCUACGAGGAAUGUUAGAGGAAGAGGGAGAGAGGGAGGGGGACGAGGAAGAAUGCCAGUGCAUUACGUCGUCUUGCCAGCUCUGCUGUUUGGGGGUGUGGCUAUUGUCGUGUAUUUUGGAGAGAUGUGGUGGGCGGGGCCUGGAGUCAACAAGCCCCUCCCACUUCCUCGUGCAGUAUCGGAGACAUGGCGUAACGACAGUGUCUAUCUGACUAGACUCUGGGGCACAUACAGGUCAACGUGUAUUUGGGAUCAGGCCCCGCGUCCCACGCUCCCUGCUGGCAGGAUGAUUGGAUAG